AGUCCCUUCAGAUACAUACGUAUCCAUUCAGGUGACGGGCAUGUAAAUAGACUUGGAGGCGAUCCAUCACACAAUAACACAAGGGGGAGACAAUUGGAAUAAGGCUAUACCAGUAGCAGCACCAGUGACAGAGAGAGACGGAGCAGACGGGGAAACAUGGCAGACGGGAAGGGAAGCAGACGUAAAGUGCGCCAUAUUUAAAGAGAUGGACAUGGCCAGCCGCAGGACAAUGAUGUGAACUGGACUAGCCACUUGUGACCUAUUAUUCUUUUUAAUAUUAACUGACCACUGUCCAGUAUGGAGCAUACGACAUCUCUACUGGUCCUAGUUCUUCAUAUGCUACGUAGUUUGGCUGAUCCGUUAGAGGACUCCAAUAAUGCUAAGUCCUCAGUACAGAACGGGAAGAGAGCUGUAGAAGACCUUUUCGAUUUCAAUCUCCUAGAGUACACACCUCCUAACAAAAGUCUGAAGGCCGACAGAUUGAUGGAAAGGAUGGGCAAACAUUUUGAUUCGUUCUGGAUGUCAGUCGAGAAGCCUUCAAAUCACGAGGAUCUGUUCGUGAAGGGAAAUCUGGAGACGCCAAUAGAAAAAAAUUACCUGGCUUUCAAUCUCACCGGUUUGCAGACGGUACUAGCCGUCAACGACACGCAUGACAACAGCACGAUAACGACUGUGGUGUCCAGUGUCCGAGAUUGGCUAAACUAUCAAAUGUCCUGCCCAGUUUAUUACGAGUGGAAAGACCUCGGGGCUCUCUACUGGCCAAGAUGGGUCAGGAGAGGAAUGUGCAAUGCCAAAGAGGCCAAGUGUAAAAACGCGAAGCCGACAAAGGAAUCGUCUUGCUCCUGGCCACCUGGCAUGAACUGCAUCCCUGACAAGGCCAAAAAACUUCGCAUUCUUCGCUGGCAAUGCCUACAUCACAAGGGCCCCUUUAAUACUCUCCCACACGCGGUCUUCAAGGGCGUGGAACCGCAUCACGUCGACGCAUUGAAGAAAACACUGGGCGUCUCGAAUGUUGUGAUGAUUCCCUCCAGCCCAAAGGAUGACGAUGACCCACUUUUACAUUUCUGGCGCCGUGAGGAUGACCCUAACCACACCGAGAACUGGAAAAGACAGAUAUAUGUGAACAUCAAAAGAAAGCCCUACAAAAGAUGUCGUUGGGGAAAGAUUCCGUACCCUGUUACAGAUGACUGUUUCUGUUCCAGUUAAAUCUGUGCAUCUGUCUUUCUCUUGUUCGCAGUUGCUUGAUACAAUGUAAUGUAUUUAAAAAGACAAAGCAUUGAACAUUAAAAUUUUCCAUUUAAAAUGGAAUUAAAAACUUAA